GCCUGCCUCAGGGCAUCGUAGUGGAGGAACAUCGCCACUUGUAUCGCCCUCCCCCUCUCCCAAUCAAGUCGCCAGGCCCAAAUUAAAGGGCAAAGGUGCACCCCCGCCCCCGCCCAAGGGCAGCCACAAGCAGACGACCAGUGUGGGAUCUGAUGCGGAUAUACAUGCGGCAG